AUGGCUAUACCAAAUUCUCUUGAUAGUGUCUAUACAUCAUUAUCAGACAAUGAAAAUCUUGAAACAACAACUCUUGUUAUGUUUGAUAGUGGAUUAAGUAAAUCACAAGACAAUAUAGAAAUUCAACAAAAACUUCGAUCGGCUAUAAAUCAUAUAAAACUCUUUGAUAAUAAUGAAGAAUGUAAAAGCUACAUACAACACUUGUUCAGAGAUGAUCGAGUGGUUUUGAUUACAAGUGGACGAUUGGGUAAAGAAUUUGUGCCAUGCAUUCAUCAUUUUCGACAAAUUAUUUCAAUUUAUAUAUUUUGUAUGGAUAAAAAGAAAAAUGAAAUAUGGUCAAAAGCAUUUAUUAAGAUUAAAGGCAUAUUUACUAAAUUCGAUGAAUUAAUAGAAAAGCUAAAGUCCGAUCAAGAGAGACAAAUUCAUGUUAAAGUCGAUGACCCACUUCUUAUACAUAUAUUUACUACGCGUAACAAUCCCGAUCAAACGACAACAGCAUUAAAUCUUAAAUUUGUUCGUCAUAACUUAUUUCUUGAUUCACUUCUUCAAAUGAAACCUACAGUAAAAGAUAAAGAUGAAUUAAUUUCACGAUGUUCAGAAUUAUAUAAAAGUAAUAGUUCCCAAUUAUCCAUUAUACGUGAAUUUCAAGAAAAAUAUAGACCCGAUCAAGCAUUAUGGUGGUAUACACGAGAAACAUUUCUGUAUCGUUUAUUAAAUAAAGCUCUUCGAAUACAAAAUAUUGAUUUACUUUUUGUCUUUCGAUUUUUUAUUUUUGACAUACAAAGACAACUUGAAAUAGACAAAUGUUCACAAGCAAUUCAAACCUAUCGUGCGCAAUUAAUGUCAAAAGAUGAAAUACAAGAAUUGGAAAAUUCCAUUGGAGAUUAUAUAUCAAUUAAUUCUUUUUUUUCCACAACUUUAGAUAAAAAGUAUGCAAUUUUUCUUCUGGGUGAUGUAAAUUCAAUUCCUGAUAAUUUAGAAAGAGUAUUAUUUGAAAUAGAUGCUAAUCCAGAUCAUGUUGGUAUUAAACCAUUUGCUGAUAUAUCAUCAAAAAGUGAUUUUCCUGAUGAAUGUGAAGUAUUAAUUAUGUUAGGAGCUAUAUUUCGUUUAAAAAAUAUUAUUUUAAAUGAAGACAAUAUUUGGGUUAUUCAAUUAUCGUUAUGUAGUGAUCAAGAUAAUGAUUUAAAAUAUCGAAUUGAUCUAAUAAAAAGAGAAUAUAAUGAUCAAGAAAACACUGUUUUUAGUUUUGGAAGUAUCUUAUAUCAAAUGAAAAAAUAUGAUGAUGCAGAAAAAUAUUAUCGACGUUUACUUACAGAAUUUUCAGAUGAUUAUAAACAAACUGGUUUAUGUUAUUAUCAUCUUGGUCGAGUUUAUUCAGGUAAAGGAAAUUAUGAAGAUGGUAUGAAAUGGUAUGAAAAAUCAGUUAACAUCAUGAGAGAAACAAUGAAUUCAGAUGAUUUAAAUAUUGCAGCAUGUUUUGCUAGUAUUGGUAAUAUUCAUCUAAAAAGAGAAGAUUACAAACAAGCACUUAAAGCAUAUCAAAACGCUUUAAACAUCUGGACCCAAGUUCUGGGUGAAAAUCAUUUAAAAAUCGUUAUGUGCCUGAUUAAUAUGGGUGUUGUUCAUAAUGCAACAGAGCAUUAUAUUGAAGCACUGGAAUGUCUUGAAAAGGCUUUGAAGAUUAAGCAGGAACAUCAUGGGACAAAUCAUUCGGAUGUAGCUGCGAUAUAUGAUAAUAUUGGACUAAUUCACGAACGUCUUGACCAUUUUGAACUCGCAUCAGAAAAUUUCAGACGAGCACUUGAAAUUUAUCGAACGUCGUCUUAUUCACAAAACAUUCACUAUGCAUUAACACUUAAACAUAUUGGAGAUCUCUAUAAAAAUAAGACGCGAUGGAGACAAGCACUAAUAUAUUUAGAAGAAGCAGCGAUUAUCUAUCAUCGUGUAUUAUCCGCUACACAUCCAACAGUUGUUCAAAUUGAACAAGAUAUUCGACAUGUUUCAUCUAGAAUCAGCAAUUAA